AUGGAAAAACUUGUCACCCAAAUGGACCUUCUUACAAAACAUGUCAUGAGUGGUGGAAGCAAAACGGUGAAUGCAGUAGGAUCUUGUGAAGGGGGUUCUCCGGAUGAGCAAUGUUUCCAAAUGUAUGAGGAAGAGGCAAGUUAUAUCAAACAAUCAAAGGGAGGGUUCCCGACUAAACUACCAAGGAGUGGCAAGACAAUUGGGGAAGAGGCAUUGGUGAAAGAUGAUAUGGUGGUUGAUAAUGAGAAAAUGGUUGAAGAACCCAUCGUUGUUGAAGAAAAAGUGAUUCCAAAGAAGAAGCAGGCUAGUAUUGAAAAGCCCAUUAUUAUUGAAGACGGUCCGGAAAUUAAUGAAGCUUCAAAAGGCGAGGAAGCGGUAGAGGAGGUGCCAAGGACUUCACCGCUCAUUCUGAAGCCUCCUCCUCCAUUCCCUCAACGAUUGGCAAAGAAAACAGACGAUGGAAAAUUUCUCAAGUUUAUCGAGAGAUUGAAAGGGCUUUCAAUUAACAUGCCCUUGGUGGAAGUACUUAAACAAAUGCCCGAUUAUGCCAAAUUCAUGAAGGAUCUUGUAACUAAGAGGAGACAUGCUAGUUUUGAAACGGUGGGAGUUAUACAUCAUUGUAGCUCUAUUAUGACAAAGGCCUUGGUUCAAAAGAAAGAAGAUCCGGGAGCUUUCACCAUCUUUUGCACAAUUGGCAUGUAUAAAUUUGGCAAAGCACUAUGUGAUCUUGGAGCAAGUAUUAACUUAAUGCCACUUGCUAUUUUCAACAAGUUGGGUUUGGGCACUCCCCGACCCAUGACAAUGAGAUUACUAAUGGCGGAUAGAACCGUGAAGAGAUCGGUUGGUAUCCUCUAUGAUGUGCUUGUGAGAGUUGAUCGAUUCAUUUUUCCGACCGAUUUUGUGAUCUUAGAUUGUGAAGUUGAUUUCGAGGUGCCCAUAAUCUUGGGGAGACCUUUCUUGGCCAUGGGGAGUACUCUUGUAGAUGUGGAGAGGCGUGACCUAAAAUUUAGAAUAAAUGAUGAAGAAGUCACCAUCUAUAUUUGCAAGUCAAUGAAAAAACCAGCGGAUAUGAGUGUUGUGUCGGUUACUGAUACAAUUGAGCCAUGGAUACAACCGUUAAGCAUGAGCAUGUGGGUGAUAUAUUAG